AUGGGUAUAGAAAAUAUAUCCAUAGUUCCUGAACCUCAUAAGCAGGUGUACUUCCCAGGCCAGGAAGUCAAGGGAUAUGUGCUGGUGGUAUGUUCAUCAGCUACCCGGUGCAGAGCCGUCGACAUCAACUUCAGUGGGAACGCCAGAGUUUCGUGGGCGGAGGGCGGUGGUGAACAUACAGUGCGCUACGAGGCAUCGGAACCAUACUUCAAUUUCAGGACAAACCUCUUUGUUCCUGACUCUACGGGGAGGCUGCCAGCUGGCAACCACGUAUGGCCUUUCAAAUUCGAGCUUCCACUGAACAUCCCCUCUUCAUUUGAAGGCGAAAUUGGCUACAUCCGCUACUGCAUCAAGACCACGGCCAGGGUCUUCCUGGGGUUUAACAAGGAGGUAGAAGUUUACAUAAGUGUUAACUGUCCCUUUGAUCUCAACUCAUCAUCCUCGGCUCAGGCACCGUUAGAGAUCCGGACGUCGGGCACGUCGUGCUGUCUGAAGGGAAUCGUUAACAUCCUCCUCAUGGGUGAGCGAUCAGGAGCGGCGGUGGGGGAGCCGUAUAAACAAGUGAUCUACACUUCGACAUCCAAAUCGACCACGAGAACAACCUGCGUGAAGACGUUUGAGAAGGGCCACGUGGCGCGAGGUGAUAGCCUCUACUUCAAUGACGAAUUUUUCAUCGUGCCUUCAGUCGUGGCUGGGCUUCAACACUGCAAGCUUAUGAGCCUCAAAUACUACCUGGAGGUAGGCUUACAUUGA